AUGCUUCGAUACCUUCGAAUUUCUGCAGUACGUAGUAUUAGGAGAAUGUCGAGUGAAGCUGCAAACACUGCCCCAAUGGCUUCUGCGGCCGCGGAGAGCAAGUCUACGAAACCAAAAGACUCAAAAAAGAAGUCUAAGAAGCUGGAGCAAUUUUUGUUGAAGACUCCAAAAGGUACCAAGGAUUGGGCCGACAAGGACAUGAUCUUCAGGGAAGCUAUUUUCAACAGUUUGAGCACCUUGUUUCAGAAACACGGAGGUGUGACCAUAGACACGCCAGUGUUUGAGUUGAGAGAGAUUUUGACUGGCAAAUAUGGUGAAGAUUCCAAAUUGAUAUACAACUUGGAAGAUCAAGGAGGAGAAUUAACUUCUCUCAGAUACGACUUGACGGUACCUUUUGCACGUUUUGUUGCAUCGAACAGCAUCAGCAGCAUCAAGAGAUACCACAUUGCCAAGGUAUACAGACGAGACCAACCAGCCAUGACAAAAGGACGGAUGAGAGAGUUCUACCAAUGCGACUUUGAUAUUGCCGGGCAGUACGAUUCCAUGAUUCCUGAUUCAGAGAUUCUUCAGCUUCUUUGCGAAGGGUUGACUGGGCUUGGCAUUCGUGACUUUAAGGUUAAAUUGAACCACAGAAAAAUCUUGGAUGGUAUUUUCCAAGCUUGUGGAGUUCAAGACGAAGAUGUUCGUAAGGUUUCCUCGGCUGUCGACAAGUUGGACAAGUUGCCAUGGCAAGCAGUGAAAGACGAAAUGGUGAAGGAGAAGAACCAGCCCGAGGAAGUGGCAGACCGUAUUGGAGAGUUUGUUAAGCACAACGGUACGGUUAGAGAAGUGUUGGAUAUUUUGCGAAACGACGAGCUUCUCACCGCCAACAAAAGUGCCCAAGAGGGAAUUGCUGACAUGGAAACUUUGGCAGACUAUUUGGAUGCAUUUGAAAUCUCCAGCUUUAUCAGCUUUGAUUUAUCGUUGGCUAGAGGCUUGGACUAUUACACCGGGUUGAUCUACGAAGCUGUUACGGCGGCUUCUGCGCCUCCUACCGACGCUGAAAAGUUGAAACAAAAGGCCCAGAAAGACAAGAAAGAAGUUGAAGAUGCCAGUGAAUACGUUGGUGUUGGUUCUAUUGCCGCUGGUGGUCGCUACGACAAUUUGGUGGGUAUGUUCUCCAACGGUAAAUCGAUACCAUGUGUCGGUAUUUCGUUUGGUGUGGAGCGUCUCUUUUCCAUAAUCAAAGCUCGUGCUCAGAAGCAACUAAACGAAGUCAGUGCGUCCAAAACUCAAGCUUUUGUAAUGGCUUUUGGAGGUGGAGAAGGCUGGAACGGCUACUUGAAGGAGAGAAUGGCCAUAGCACAACGUUUGUGGGCAGCAGGAAUCAAUACUGAAUAUUUGUACAAAGCCAAGGCCAAUAUCCGCAAGCAAUUCGACGCUGCUGAGAAGUCUGGUGCUCAGAUAGGAGUUAUUUUGGGUAAAGAAGAGUACUUGGAAGGCAAGUUGAGAGUAAAGGUUUUGGGACAGGGAGAAGACAGUGAUCAGGGAGAACUUGUAGAUGUUAAAGAUAUUGUGGAAGUUGUGCAGAAGAAGAUUGAAGAGUCAAAGAAAGGAGGUAUGGAUGACAUUACUCGACUCAUACGUAAUUUAUAG